AAACCUGAAAGGGGAAACCGAUAAGUAGAUUCAUAUAUACAAGUUACAGAUUGGGUUAUUAUUCUAAUUUUAUCUUUCUUUGACUUCACUUCCCUUUGAAAUAAAAGCUCUACUUUUUGUUCACAUGCUAGAAGAAGAUGUGAAAGAGUAGAAAACAGAUUGCUUUAUGGGCUUGAAUCUUGAGAAUCUAUCUGRGAUUUUAAGGGUCAUUCUAGAUUUGUCUUUUUUUCAAUUGGAAGAUGGAAAUUGAUCCAUUAUUGAGGGAUCUAAGUGAGAAGAAACAGAGCUUUCGCCGGAAUGYGGUCUCACUUGCUGCUGAGCUCAAGGAGGUCCGAACCCGUCUUUCGUCCCAGGAACGAUCAUUCGCUAAAGAAUCUUUAACUAGACAGGAAGCAGAAGCUAGAGCUAGGAAUAUGGAACAAGAGAUUUCUAGAUUGCAGAAGAAUUUAAAUGAGAAAAACCUACAGCUUCAAGCAUCCUCAUCGGAUGCCGAAAAGGUAGCAGAGUUGAGAGAGAAGUUGACAAGGGUAGAGGAGGAGGCACAGUUACGGGAGGAACGUCAUCUGGCCGAAAUGGAGGACGAACGGAGGAAGAUGGCAGAUUUGGAGGCCGAACAGGCCAGACAAGCUGCUGCAUUAGCCCAACAGGCCGCAUUAUCGGAGCAUUUUGUUUUGUUUAUGCUGAAGUCAGGAUACGUUUUCCCACCUCCCCCACCUUCCGAUAGUUAGAUUAUAUGUAUUCGAAUAUUAAAUUGUAUGAAUU